CCUGCGAUGGGGAACAGAGGACGGAGUACCCACAUUUUUUCAUGGCAUAAACACGUCUGAUACCUUAGAUCGCGGCGUUGCUAUAUCGAUUUUGUAGGUGAUAACAUUGUUAUAUGAAUCACUUCGUCACUUGAAAAAGCGUGAAAUUAAAUGAAUAAGUAAAACACUGUCAACACAUUGACAUAGACUAGGCUACAGUAGUCCGACUGUUGAAUAGAGGAUCGUUUUUUAUUUGUUUCCCCCCUCGCCACCAGCCGCUGGGAUUGUUUGAUCACUAUGUCUGGAGGUGUAAACAUGGAUGAAGACAGCAGAGUACCCGAGGACCUGUCUGUGGAGGAGAGAGACGAGCUGUCCAACAUACGACGCAGGAAGAAGGAGCUCCUGGAUGACAUUGAGCGGUUAAAGUUUGAGAUCUCUGAAGUGAUGACUGAGAUUGAGCAGUUAACAUGUGUGGGAGAAAGCAAAACAACACAGAGAAACAAACAGAUUGCAGUUGGGAGGAAGAAAUUCAACAUGGAUCCCAAAAAGGGCAUCCAAUUUCUGCUGGAAAAUGACCUUUUGCAACAUACGCCAGAGGACAUCGCACAGUUCUUGUACAAAGGGGAAGGCCUCAACAAAACGGUCAUCGGAGAUUACCUUGGCGAAAGGGAUGACUUCAACAUCAAGGUUCUGCAGGCCUUCGUGGAGCUCCACGAGUUUGCAGAUCUGAACCUGGUGCAGGCUUUGAGGCAAUUUCUGUGGAGCUUCAGGCUACCCGGCGAGGCCCAGAAGAUUGACCGGAUGAUGGAGGCGUUUGCGUCCCGAUACUGCCAGUGCAACCCAGGGGUCUUCCAGUCAACAGACACCUGCUACGUGCUCUCCUUCGCCAUCAUCAUGCUGAACACCAGCCUGCACAACCCCAACGUGAGGGACAAGCCGCCGGUGGAGAGGUUCAUCUCCAUGAACCGAGGCAUCAACGAGGGAGGAGACCUGCCCGAGGAGCUGCUCAGGAAUUUAUAUGAAAGCAUAAAGAACGAGCCCUUCAAAAUUCCCGAGGACGAUGGCAACGACCUGACGCACACAUUCUUCAACCCGGACCGAGAAGGCUGGCUUCUAAAGCUGGGAGGGCGAGUGAAGACGUGGAAGAGGAGAUGGUUCAUCCUGACCGACAACUGCCUGUAUUACUUUGAGUACACCACCGACAAGGAGCCUCGAGGGAUUAUUCCUCUAGAGAACCUCAGCAUCAGGGAGGUCGACGAACCCAGGAAACCGAAUUGCUUUGAGCUGUACAACCCCAACCAUAAGGGCCAGGUGAUCAAGGCCUGCAAGACUGAAGCGGACGGCAGGGUAGUGGAGGGGAACCACGUCGUCUACAGGAUAUCAGCCCCGACCAUUGAGGAGAAGGAGGAGUGGAUCAAAUCCAUCAAAGCCAGCAUCAGCAGGGACCCCUUCUACGACAUGCUGGCCAGCAGGAAGCGGCGGGUGGCCAACAAGAAGUGAGGCCGACCGGAGGGCCAGCGGUCCUGCGGGUCAGAGAGAAUGGCCAAUCCGCUCGCUCUCUCUCUCCGCGGGGGGUGGUUGAGUCAGGCCACUUC